CCCUGACCUCUUUCACUCCCAUUCCUCCCCCUCAUCUUGAUCCAGAAGCUCCACGAACUCUCUUGAGCAACCACAGCUCAGACUACAAAAAACAACUACAACAAGCCCCAUCACAUACGACUCACCAACACCACCACACACACCGCCGCCAUGCCUCUCGUCGUCCCCGGUAUCAACAACAACUCGUCUAGCGACAAGACCGAGGAGUGGACCAACAAGCUGGUUGGGAAGAAGCUGCACGAUGAAGAGUCCAACGAGACGACGUUCUGCAAGAGGGACCUCCCCGAGCAGACGCGCGUCAUCGAGCCCGGCAUGAUGGUCACCAAGGACUUCAUUCCGGACAGGCUGAACGUGCACGUCAAGGAGGACGGCACCGUGUCCCACGUCCAGCACGGCUGAGCGAUGCGCCGAGGUUGAUGAGGGGGGCCCUCCGAGAGAU